GUCCAGCAUCGUCGUCGUCCUUUCGUACCAAUCCGCGGCACCUUGGCAGAGAAUCGGCGUCUUCGCGACCACCAUCCAAACCACACCACCUAUCCAAUAACCUCACGCGUCCCGUCUCAAGUAUCUAUCCUCCUCCUCUUGAUACUCCUACUCCUACCCACCGCGCCGCGUCUUCCAGCCAACGCCAACAAGAUGAGCGCCCACGCCGCCAGUGAAUGGCAUUCGCACACAGCGAGCGCCAUCGUCGCGACCGCCGUCGUCGCAUGCGCCAUCGCGAUGGUUGUGCGCGCGGCUGUCGCGCCGUCGUCGUCGUCGUCGGCGCGGAAGUCUACGCUGGAACGCAGCAGCAGCGACAAUGACGAAGCGGAAGCUGGAAUGGCACGGAGACGGGAAAAGGAAAGGCUGAGGCAGCGGCAUCGACGGCGCGGUGGUGGUCCCGCCCGUGACGGCUCAGACGCAGACGCAGACGCAGACGCGUCGACAACGACGCACAACUACAACUACACUAGGCCGCACCUGAACGCGCUCCCGGCGCACAUCCUGCUCGCCAUCUUCAGCCACCUCGUCCCAACAGGCGACGGCGUCCUCCUCCGCGACCACCACGGCCACGGCGAUGACAGCGCCGGCGCCAAUGCCACGCGCACCCACCUCCGCUUCUGCACCCGCUUGCGCCUCGUCUCGAGGCGGUUUGCUGCGCUCGCUGCGCCGCUCGCGUGCUCUGUCUUCUCGGCGCGGAGCAACGACAACGUCAACAACGCCGCCGACGACGACGACGCUCGGCGCUACCGCGAGGCGCGCGCGCGCGAGCGCUUCGUCUCGGAGCUGGUGCGCUGGCCGGAGCGGGCGACGUGGGUGACGGAGGUGGACGCGGGGCCCGUGGGCGGGGUGCGGCAGUGCGCGGGGGCGGUGCUUGCGGCGGAGGAGCUGGCGGACGAGAUUGUUGGUGGGGAGGAGGAGGAGGAUGGGAGGAAGAGACGGGCAUGGCUGCGCGCGUUGCGGAAGGGGGGCGACGACGCCGAUUUAGCGCUUUUAGUGGCGCUGGCGCCCAAUUAACGGGUCUUGCGGCUAGAUAUGGGGAGUCGGGGGUUGUGGGCGUAUCCCUGGCUGCUGAAGCUCUGGCAGACGACGUGUCUGCGGCAGUGGUCGCGCGGUGGAGAUGCUCUGGCGCCG